AUGCAUCAGGCUUUACUUGUUCCCGAAGUCCUCCUGGAGAUAUUCGCCUAUGUGAACACAAUACCAUCUACUGAAACAACGUCGACUCAGAAAUCGCUUGCAGCGCUUGCAAGGACAUGCAAAAUCUUCCAUGAGCCUGCAAUGGAUUUGCUGUGGACCGAAAUCCAUGGGGGUACAAAGCGGGUCAAGCCCAGGGCGAAAGGCAUCGAGCCACUAUCUGCCCAUGAGGCCCGUCAAUUUCUGCGUCACUCCUCCCGUAUACGCACAUUGAACAUACAAACUAAACAUCCGCACCUUCUCUCUGCCAUCCCCGCUGAGGCAUGCGUAUUUCCGAGGCUGAAGUCAUUAAGUCUUUCCACCACAUAUUUGAACUUCUUUCUGUCUCGCAUGCUGCACCGAUGUCAGCUAUUGAGUGUCGACGAGAGUCUGCAAUCUUUUGUGACACGUUGCAUUGCCCUGGAGCAUUUACGCAUCUACACUCCUCUAUGUGAUGGCAGCACACUGGCAGCAGAUGAACUGUCCCUACUAUCCGAUAGGAUUCGUUGGUGCACACGGAUUGUAACUCUUUCUUGUCCAAUGCUCGACUUGGCAGCAUGGAAACACCUCUCCCACCUCCCUACUCUUCGCAAAUUGGAAAUUGAUCAAGGGUAUAAUGACCAUCCUUCGCUGCCAAAACAAGAUAUCGUGAAUUUAUCAUUCCUUAACAUCACACGCCUUUCCUUUCAAGAGCUCUACGAUGCCGGAGACAUCAUCACAGUCAUGCAACACUCACAAUUUCCCUCGCUGAAAGAGUUCGAGUUUGAAGCCAACCGUCUGUCCUCAGAAGAAGCCGAGCAACUCUUUCAUGCUCUGUCCCACUGCAAAGCGUGUGGGACUUUAGAAGAAAUCUCCAUCUGUUCUCUUGAACGCAAAUUCGCGGGAAGCCAAUACGACGAGUCUUUGACACCAAUUCCGCAUUUCCUUUGCUUUACACAGCUCCGAACCCUGAAGCUCAUGUUUUGUGAUUUCUGCAUCUACCUGGACAAUGACAUGCUCUUGCAAGCUAUGUCUAGUUGGCCGCACAUCCGCACUCUGGAAAUCGAAGAAUCUGAUCUUUCUUCCGAAGUCUCCCUCCGUGGAUUACUCACAGCGCUCGGUCUAUGUCCACAAUUGCAUACACUACAACUUCCAAUCAAGAUUGCAACUAUCGACAUUGAUCCUGAUGCCGAGCCAAUACAGCAUACCUCUCUAGAAUCAUUGGAUUUGGACUUAUCCGAGUCUCUAACAGAUGCUGAAACUAUCGCCCGCAUCAUUUCCGCCUGGCUCCCUUGUGUCAACCGAGUUCACAACAUAAAUGGUUGUUGGCUUGAAGUCAACAGGCAUCUUAGAUCUUUGAGAACGGCUACUGCGCCGUGUGUCGCGGGAGCCUCCUAGAAUAUUUGGGUUUGGAAUACCUUCACGUCCGGGAAUGUUGUUACAUACCCUCGAGAUCUUUCGUUCAUUCAUUAUUGUUGUCGUCGCUGUUGACUGUAGUUAUAAUUUCUGUACUAGUACUUCUGCAUAAUCGCCAACAACUCACUGGUUCAUUGUCAUUAGUACCAUUUCCAACAUGAUUACGUGCGCCACCCGAGCACCACCGUUCACUGUGCUCGAUGGUCCCCUCCUUCCUUCUGUGUACCUUUUGAUAUCCGCGUCUGUAACAGCCAUAUGAUUACACAACACAAUA